UUUUAUAAAAUAAUAAGUAAAUAUUUAUGCGUAAGUAAAUAUUUCUAAAGAUAUCAUUGAAUACUUACACUCUUCAUUAUAUAUACGUAUAUAUACGUAUAUACUCUAUUGAAUCAACUGGUGGUUGAGGAGGAGACUUCAACUGCACUAGCAAUGUACGGAUUGAAUUUUUCGUGACAAAAUGAUAUAUUUACGCUUUCAAAAUACUCCACACAGCGUAUUACAUUCCAGAUCAUAUUUCAAAUGUUUAAAAUAAUUUUAAUUUUUUAUAAAUUUAUUCCCGAUUUAUUCCUUAUUUAUUCAAUUCUUCAUUGGUCCAUAGCAGGUGCAUAUUACUCAAUUCAUUUCAGCUACUGUCGACAACUUGAAAUAUAUCUAUACUGUUAACAUAUUCACUAUGAUUGAAAAAAAACAACUGACUAGACGAAUCGAUCGAUGCGCAUCCUUUGCGCAAGCGUUGGAGAACACAGUUCGACAAACCAGUUCUCGAUUCAGUUGUCUCCGCGACUCUGUCAAGGAAAUCAGGGAGAGAACGUGAUGACAAACGAUAUUAAUGUGGCGAAACAGAGAUCUGAUAAUCUCAGCGAAUACAGUAUAAAACUGAGUAGAUGGUACUUGAAACCAUUAGGCGCAUGGCCUGCCUCAUCUUCCACCACGAAGAUGGAGAGAAUCAUAUCGCAAAUUUUGAUUGUCAUCUGUUGGUGCAUAAUAUUAUUCACGGUAAUACCUGGUAUACUUUACAUACUUUUCGUAAAACAAGACAUCUAUGUAAAAUUGAAAAUAUUCGGUCCUUUGUCCCAUUGGUGUAUCGAUGGUUUCAAUUAUGCCAUAUUGUUGCUACGUAAAAAUGAUAUACUUCAUUGCAUAGAACAUUUACGAGCCGAUUGGAAAUUGAUAACAAGAACGCAAGAUCAACAAGUGAUGCUGAGAAAUGCAAAAAUGGGCCGUUAUAUCGCAGCUUUCUGCGCAAUUUUUAUGCAAGUCAUCAUUUUCUUUACGUGUUUCAUAUUGGGAAUAUUCAAACGAUCCAUACACAUUGAUAAUAAAACCGUGGAAUUGUACAAUUUACCUUGUCCUGCUUAUAAGAUUCCAUUUGAUACCGAUCCAACGAUUCAUGAUAUCAUGCUUGGUACUCAGUUUCUAUCAGCAUUUGUCGUGAGUUCGAGUGCCAGCGCUUCUUUCACUCUUGCAACCAUCUUUACAUGCCAUGUUCUUGGUCAGUUGAACAUAAUGAUGAUAUGGAUUAACGAAUUCGUGGAUCGCCUGCAAAGAAAAGAGAAUAAGGAUAAUCACAUCAACAAAAUAGGUGUAAUCGUCGAACAUCAUCUGAGAAUCCUGAGUCUCAUAGCACGUAUCGAGCGUAUAACGUGUCCAAUAUAUUUCAUGGAAUUGUUUAAAUGUAUGAUGGGUAUGUGCAUGCCUAGUUAUUACUUUCUUGCGGAAUGGUCUGAACGCAAUAUUCAAAAUUUGACUAUAUAUGUUAUGGUAGCCUUAUCUAUGUCUUUCAAUAUUUUAUUGGUAUGUUGUAUCGGUGAAAUAUUAAGAGAACAGUGCAAAAAGGUCGGAGACAUGGUUUAUAUGACGAAUUGGUAUCAGUUACCUGACAAAGAUAUACUUAAUUUAAUUAUGAUUAUUUCACGAUCUAGUGUGGAAGUUAAAAUAACUGCCGGGAAGAUAAUCACCAUGUCAAUAUAUACAUUCGGUAAUGUAUGUUCUUUUAAUUUCUUUGAUUUUUAUAAAAAAAAAAUAAUAUUGAUUUUCAAAAAGAAUCAUAAGAUAAUUUACAAUUCCAGAUAGUAAAAACAGUUUUCGCGUAUUUAAAUAUGCUGCGUCAAAUAACAAUGAUGUAAACUGCACACAUAGAUAUUGAAU